AUGCGAAGCGGAGUCUUUACCACGACCGAAGAGACUCACAAAAUCUUUCAAAUGCUGCUGAACUAUCUAUGCUUUGCAGAUAGGUAUUGCGCAACCAAUUUCUUUGAAGCAGCGUUUGAGAUGUUGAGGCUCUUUCCAAUUGGACCGAAGGAAGUCGUCCUGAUGGUACAAACCCUGCGGACCGAAAUCCCAGCUCAUUACGAAAAGAUCAAGAAGUUCCUGAAUAAGCAAGUGAUCUGUCAUGCUUCUCGCUUGAAGGAAACUCCUGAGUUUACAACGUUGAUUGAGGCCGAAGCUUCUGAAGCAGUACAAGAAUUUGUUCGCAUUCUUGCAGGGGCAGCGAGAAAGCCCGCCGACAAUCAGAAGAUGGAGUAUGAUUUCAGAUACCCGGUCAAAUCGGUGUUUGUAAUCUGCAUCAAGAACGUCGAUCCACAGUCUCCUACUAGUAAAAAGUUCGCUGUGGAUUCGCACAAACUUGAUCUUGGGGUCGCGAAACACGGAGAUCUGUGGUACCCGGUUUGCUACAACCCGAGAAACAUCACCAAAGAUAGCAAAUAUUUUAUCGCAGCAAAGGUAUAUGCUCCUGUGGAGGGUUAUAUGCAGGUUUGCGCGUUCCCCAAGGAUAAUUUCAUGCUGGCUGGCGAAGGACCGUGGUCAUACUUCGAUCACUUGGGAUGA